CAUCAGUUCACAGAUUGAAGCUGAGGGGGCCAACCACAUCGUCCCCCCCUAAGGCUCGAUAGCCACCGCCUUAAAUCUCAUCGUUCGCAAACCCGGCAAUUUCCAAAAUGCACAGCGUCCCUACCACCAGAGAGGUGCUACCGGGCGCACUCGUCAACAUAGUGCUCAAGGCCGACCAGCCCACGGGCCGCACCGUCCAGGGCACGGUCGCGCAGCUCCUGACCAGGGGCAACCACCCACGAGGGAUCAAGGUGCGCCUCGCCGAUGGGAGGGUCGGCCGCGUCCAGAGCAUGGCCCGGGACUCUGCCGCGACCGUGUCCCUCUUCCAACCGGGGGAAACCGUCCAGGAGCUCCUGGAACCGGAAGCAGAGAUGGCAACGGGGCCAGGCUCUGCCGGCGUGUCGGGCCGGCGAGGUCGACACCGUAACCGGCCAGGUCGCGGGUCAGAGGAGCAGCCGCUGCCCACUCAGCUGGUCGGCCUCGACGCCUACAUCAAGCCUGCGCGAAAGCGCGGCAAGGCAAGCAAGUCCGCAGGCGCAGACGCCGCCUCCUCGGCCGGCGACGAUCAAACCACCAAGACGCCUUCGCUGGAGCCGGAAGAGCCGACAUGUCCUGUGUGCGGCGACUUCCGAGGGGACGUCGCGGCCAUGACCCAUCACGUGCAGUCUCACUUCGACGACUAGGCGAGCCCGGAGCGCCGCGUGAUCGGAGAUACAGCGACGAACGUCGACAUUUUGAGUUUGCCGG